CGUUAUUAUAAAAAGGUGAACGAUUUCACCUCUUUAUCUUAUCAAUAUACACAAUUUCUUCCAAUCUCUUUAUUUGUUUCUUCAGACUCUAUCUCCUCACUCUAGUUUUCCAAUCUUGCCCUUCCCAUCCGCGAAAUUUCCCUUCAAGCCUUUCGCCUAUUGUAAUUUUUUUUUAAUUCAAUUAUGUUCUCUGUACAUGUAUCAGGUUUUAGGGUUUUAUCUUGAUUCUGUUUGUAUUAAUACAAACUAGGUUUUAGGGUUUGUAAUCUUUUUCUAUGUGAGUGAUAUUGUAAUUUUAUUUACUUUUUCUUGAAUUGAUGAUCUCUGUGUAAUGGUGAGAAGAUUAAUGAAGAAGAGUUUGUUAGAGAUUGAGAGGAAUUUGGGUUAGGUUUUUUUUUUUAAAAUUUUCCUAUUGUAUUUAAAAUGGAGAAUCCGCGUAGAUCAUUCGAUAGAUCGGGUUUUGUUAAAAAACCGCGAUUAACGGAAGAUCCGACCCGAAGCUUUACUCAGAGACCAGUCGUAGCACAAAGAUUUAGUACGAGUAGAGAUACGGAGGUCCAUGAACGAUCUGGUGAUGCUUAUCAGCCACAGCAGCCACACCAAGAGCUGGUGAGCCAAUACAAGACGGCGCUUGCGGAACUGACCUUCAACUCGAAGCCUAUAAUAACUAAUUUGACUAUAAUUGCCGGUGAGAAUGUUCAUGCCGCGAAAGCAAUCGCAGCCACAGUCUGCGCUAAUAUUCUUGAGGUUCCCAGUGAGCAAAAGCUGCCAUCUCUCUAUCUUUUAGAUAGUAUUGUAAAGAAUAUUGGAAGGGAUUACAUAAAACAUUUUGCUCCCAGACUGCCAGAGGUCUUUUGCAAGGCAUAUAAACAAGUUGAUUCAUCUGUUCAUUCAAGUAUGCGGCAUCUUUUUGGAACUUGGAAAGGAGUUUUUCCUCUUCAGACCCUUCAAAUGAUUGAGAAAGAACUUGGUUACCCUAUGAUCAAUGGUUCAUCUUCAGGAACAACAUCCAAGCCUAAUUUGCAGUCACAGCGCCCACCACAUAGCAUUCAUGUGAAUCCUAAAUAUUUAGAAAGGCAGCGCCUUCAGCAGUCAGGCAGGGCUAAAGGAUUGGCUAAUGACAUGACUGGGCCUGUUACAAGCACAACUGUAGAUGCCGAGAGGCCAGAGAGAACAGCCAGCGUCAGCAACAGCAGGCCAUGGGUGGAACCUUCAGUCAAAAUGCAUAGCUUUCAGCAUUCACACAGAAAUGCUCUAAGUGAGCCUAUCCAUGAGAAGAACAUUGGUGCAGCCUAUGGAGAAUACGAAUACGGCUCUGAUCUUUCGCAGAACGCUGGCUUGGGAAUUGGAAGAACUACAGGAAGGAAUAGUGACCAGGGAAAUGACAAAUCUUGGGGUGGAGUUGGUAGCAACAUAGCAGAGACAAUAUCUGGCCAGAGAAAUGGUUUUAAUAUCAAGCAGGGUUUUCCAAAUUACUCAGCUUCCAAAUCUGCAAAUCCCGAUGUGCAUCUGCAGCCAACACAGAAGAUUGCAAGUAGAAGCAGCAGUGGCAUGUCUAAUAGCUGGAAAAACUCAGAGGAAGAGGAGUUUAUGUGGGAGAUGCACUCAAGAUUAUUAGAUAACGAUGCAGUCAAUAUUCCUAUCAAUUCAGGGAAGGAUCGUUGGCCUCCAGAUGAUCCAGAAAAAAUGGAAUUUGAAAGUCACUUGCGAAAGCCACAAAAUGUGCAUGAUGUUGGGUCAAGGUUUGACAGAGGAACUACAGAGGAUUCCCUGUCUACUGAACAGAAAGAUCAAGCAACUUAUGGGCAACGGAAAUCUACAAUGUGGCCAUUGAAGGAGUCACACUCAGAAGGCUAUUCUGCCACCCUUGGUGGGCUGCCUACAAGCACAAAUUCUUCUCUUGCUAGGAUGGGUGGUCAUCCCCCUGUUGGUUCAUCUCAUAUUGGGGCCUCAAGUUUUGGGGUUUUGUCAAGUUCAGCUGUGGGAUCUGCUGGAAGCUUGGGGCAACAAAGAUUUCAGUCUGCAAGAGCUGGAUCACCUUCUGAACAGUCUGCUAUGCUCCAGCAUCCUCAACCACCUUUGUUACCGGCAAAUCGUCCCCACCAAAACUUGAAAAAUUUGGCUGAGCAGGACCAUCCUCAUGUUCAGUCCCUGCCUCGACCUGAUUCAAAAGCAACUCCCUUUUCAGGACAUUUGGGUGGUGGGCCAAUUAGCCGCACUAGCAAGGAUUCUCUAUCCAUGCAGCAUUCUAAUAGUCUCCUUGGUAACAUGCAAAAGUUUCAGCCUCAAGAGUUGAAGGCUUCAUCUCCUGGAGGCUCUUCUUUUCAGCUAAGUGAUCACUAUCCUCUCACACAGCCACUGCCGACGGAUCUCAAGCAGCCCGAACCUUCUGGUCUGUCUCCAAAGCCACUUCCACCUAAUUUUGGAACUCCCUUAAUGACUGGAAAUGCAUCUGAUCAUUCAAAUAGACUUGAUGGCGAAAAUUUAGGACAAUCAAGCACGAGUACAUUGUUAGCUGCUGUCUUGAAGAGUGGUAUUCUUUCCAACUCAAUCACCAGUGGCCUAGCUAAUCGGACUGUCCAAGAUGUGGGAGAAAUCCCAUCACGGUCGGAUAUUCAACCUCCUCUGCCGAGUGGACCUCCACCUACGUUGGUUACCUCCUCAGGACCCAUGGCUGUGUCAGGUCCUGCAUCCUGUGAUAAGUCAUCGGCUACAGCAAAUAGUUCCCAUGGAAAGGUAGGACCACCACCACCACCACUGCCGCCUGGUCCUCCACCUUCAUCUCUUAUGGGUAUUGCAUCAGCGCAAGUUUCCAACGUUGAAAGCAAGUCUUCAAACCCUAUUUCAAAUCUGUUGAGCUCGCUAGUUGCAAAAGGUCUGAUAUCUGCAUCAAAGAAUGAGUCACCAUCUCUCAUGGCACCCCUAAUUCCCACUCAGGCACAGAAUCAAAGCGCAGGGGACUCUUCAAGUAGUCUUGCACCAGUGUCUUCUGUUCCAAGUUCAUCAAGCAUUCCUCCAACUUCCACCAUGGAUGAGGCAUCUUUUCCAGAACCUGUUGCUGAAAGUUCGGUUGCCUUACCUCAGUCCUCUUCAGUGGAGAUGGAAAAUCUCAUAGGUUUGGAGUUUAAGACAGAUAUAAUCCGCGAAUUUCAUACAACUGUGAUUGAUAGACUUUUUGAUGACUUACCACAUAGCUGCAGCAUAUGCGGGCUUCGACUUAAACUCCAAGAACAGCUUGAUAGACACUUGGAGUGGCAUGCUUUAAGAAGGCCUGGGUCAGAUGCUGUAGUUAGAAGGAGUUUUUAUGCAAAGUCAGAUGACUGGGUUGUUGGGAGGGCAGGAUUUCCGCUGGGAUUUGAGUCUGCCAUUCUGAAAGAGUCUGGUAAAAUAAUGGACAAGGGUGAGCCUAUGGUUCCUGCAGAUGAUAAUGAAAGUGCAUGUGUUUUGUGUGGUGACCUUUUCGAAGACUAUUAUGAUCAAGAAAGGGAUGAAUGGAUGUUCAGGGAAGCUGUAUAUAUGACUACCCUUUUCAAGGAUGGUGAAGCUGCAACAAAAGAUGAGAGUGCUGCUAAGGGUCCCAUUGUUCAUGCAAAGUGUAUAUCAGAAAGUUCGCCUCAUGACUUGGGACUUGUUAGUGGUGUUAAAAUGGAAAUGGAUACUUAAUGACUUAAGGUGAGAAACACAAUGGAUAUGCUGGCUGCAAUCACAAGAAGCUGAGUUCAGGUUUUCUUUAAAUAGCUUAAGUGUGCAUGGUCUUUCAUGCUAAUUUUGUUAUAUGCGCCAAAAUGGUGGUGAGAGCAUCUGGUAGUGCUGCUCUCUUUUCUGUUCUUUGCUCUUUCUUCAUUUAAUCUAUAAUUUGAUAAAUACAUAUAAAUGCCAGAUAGUUUGCAUCUCAACUCUUGUUGUUAAUGUGGUUGAUGUGUUCUUUUAAAAUUUUCCAUCUUUUACCAAAGCGAGGUUGCACUUAGUACCAGCAUUUAAACACGAGGCAAGGCAGUCUGAUCCAUAGCAACAUGCAGCUUCAAAUAUGCAGAUGGAAGAUUGAGUAUCAUUAAAAUAUUUCUAUGUAGCCUUAUUUGUCUUUACAUUUCAUGGUUUACUUUUAAUUGGUUUGUGUGGAUGUAGCUUUUAUAGUGGACCAUUGUUUGGAGGCAUCAGAAAGUAACAUUUUCUUCUUGAUUGGUCUUA